AUGAUCUUUUUCGGGGCCAAUGAUGCCUGUCUGCCGGGACAAUCACAGCAUGUACCACUAGAUGGAUACUGCGAGUGCUUAAAGUCGCUGUGCCUGCAUCCCUCGGUCACAACUCAUAAUCCAUCAAUCAUAUUGGUGACGCCAGCUCCAGUGGACGAGUAUCAGAUGAUGGUCAGUGACGCAUUAAAAGGCUAUACCACUCCCCAGAGGACGGCAGCGAACACCAAGAUGUAUGCCGAUGCAUGUCGAGGCAUUGGAGAGGAGCUCAACUUGCCAGUCGUUGAUCUCUGGGGAGCCUUUAUGCGCAAGGCCGGAUGGAGAGAGGGAGAACCAUUGAUAGGGUCAAUCGACGUGGCAAGAAACGAGGUCCUGCAGAAUCUCCUUCGAGAUGGACUGCAUUUUAACCCUGAAGGAUACCGAUUAAUGUAUAAUGAAGUAAUGAAAGUCAUUCGAGAGCGAAUCCCAGACCAGAGUCCAGAGAGGCUUCCAUUUGUGUACCCGCCAUGGGAGCGGGCCCCAGCAUGA